CAAGCAGGUAUUGUCAUUUUAUGAUAGACGACAGCUCGGACGACGAAGGGUCGCGGCGGGUCCACGAAGAGGAAAGGUCAGUGGAGGCCCCACGUGGGACAGGACAUGCCAAGCAAGUAGGUGCCGUCACCACAAACGGGUCAUCGAAACCGAAAGCCUUGAGUAUGGCGUCCGAACUGUUCGAUGACGAAUUGGAACAUUUUAAAGGAGGGAACAUUGCGUCCGACAGUCCGACCUCCCAUUCGAAAGCUGCUGUGGCCUCUCCAACCUGCCGGAGCACGUGGGGAAGCGACAUCAAAAAAUCUUCUCCGACUUCACGGAACCGAAUGGAGGGGUCCGCUGGCAAGGAAGUUGAUGAUCGGGAUUCGGAAGCGGGGAAAAACGAAGAAACGCAGCGCCUUGUCUCCGCCCAAGGUGCUGUUAUCUCAGAGAAUGGACAAGCUCGUGGGAGUUAUCACUCUGCGACCCAAACAGUGAAGCGUGUUGCGAGUGAUAGGAGCAACAGAAAUAUCACCCCAGAGAGUAUUUCACCAGAAGAUUUUCAGGCGUGUAAAAAGAUGAAAAAGCAGAUGAAAGCGGAAAAAGAUGUAUCGCCUAUCAUCCAGGAUACUGUGAAGUCGAAAGCCAACAGAAAGUCAUCGCCGGUCAACGGAUCUAAACAUAAUGAUGAUGCUGCAGGUGCACCCUCUCAAGUCUGUGGCGUGAAAAAAAGUUUAGCCGCCCGCAAGAGGAAGAAGGCUACUGUAGCCCCCGAAAUGGAGAAGGAAAUUCGAAAAAUGGUGCGCCUGGAGGUUCAGAAGAAGCGGAGCGAUGCGAAGAACAAGGUUUUGAAUAAGUUUAAAAAAGAGCUCCCCUGGCUUCGCGAGCGCUCAAUAUUUUCACAGCCAGCUACAAAUGAUGAGGCGGACAGAGUCAAAGAUAUCGACUUGCCCCGACUCACGCCUCCUUCGCCGUCGACGCCUUCUGCGCUUUCGGCGUUGCCAGGAUUGCAACGAGCCAAACUCAUAUCGUGCAGCAACUUCAUCUACACUUUUGCGCGGCCUCUAGGCUUGCUGGCAGUCCCGACAUUACCCGAGCUGGCUCAGGCGCUCCUGGCCCUGGACCAGCCGGAGGAGGCGGGAUGCCCACUUGCGGAGGCGGAGGGCCGCAAGAAGGAGGCGGCGCGGCUGAUCGAAGACUUGUGCAUAGCCUUGGUGCGGGCCGUGACUCCUGACGUCGAAUAUGUGUUGGGGCUCAAGAGCGGCCAUACGGGUGACCUGAUGGAAGAAGUCUGCUCAAGCAAGAGUGGCUUGAUAAUGCCGUUGAACAAAUUGACGUGGAAGGAGAUAGCACGCCUGAGCUUGGUGAUGUUCAUAUAUUCCUACCUCGGAUUCUCAGACAAGGACAUCGCAGAAUGUAUGAGAGGUCGCAUAAAUCCACGCCGUAACAAGGUGACUCUCAAACUUCUUAAAGCUCGUCUGGAACGCCGCGCAGCAUUGGCGGUUGGGAAACGCUCGUUAAAGUCGUCAAGCAAGGAUGGGUUUGACGCGAAUAAUGCGGCGGAAAAUACGAUUUAUUCAUCCACGAGAGAAGGAUAUCAGGAGGUAGGAGAUACAGAGAAUGGUCAUGUUGGGAUUCACAAAGACAGUGAAAGGCUUGGGCGGGAAGAGUCUGGGGAUAUCAGCAUCUGCUCUACCUCAUGCGGCGCACGAAAGGAAGCGGCGACCGCCCCGAACGGAGGUGGAAAGGACCAUGCUCGGAAGGCUAAUUCUUCAGACGUUCAAUUCUCCGAUCGCACUAAAACGAAUGAUGAAGAUACACUUGCUGAAACUGCCGAAGACAAAAAGCCAAGUGUCACUCCGACCUCGGCAGGGGCAGAAAAAGAGAGACUUGAGGACACCAAGUCGGAUGGAGAGGAGGAAAAAGCUGUUGAUGAAGAAGAUGAGGAAGAGGAAGAAGAAGAAGAGAUGGCCGUAGAGAUGUCUCGGGAGUUAGACGCCAUUCUGGAAGAAGCUUGUCGGUCUGAGCAAGAGAGACGCGUUGCAUGCCUUUUAAAACGUCUCCUUCAGCAUUCAUGCUCCGAAAGGGUCGGUACUGAGGGGACGGAGGACCCUGAUAUUGAAAGCAGUCUGUCCGAUUACGUUCUGAAUGUGUGGGAGCCGCUUACCGUGGCAACCUUGAUUCUCAAAUUGAAGAGAGGGAGUUAUUCUGCGGAUGGUACUGAGGCUGGGGGAUUGCUGGAGCUCGUGCAGGACGUGGAAUUACUUUGCCGGAAUUCAUGGGCUUGCAACAUUGAGGAUUCUGAAGCCUGGGGAGCCGCAGAGAAAUUUCAUGCAAUAUUUGAUCGUCUUUUACAAGCUUGGGUUUUGGAGCAGGCGCCUGAAAAGCGUCUCUCCGUGGAUGAGAUGCGCGGUCUCUGUCAGGAUUUGGUGGAGCCUUGCUCAGCCUGCCGUCAACCUCUCUCUCGCCACACCGCCAAAGUUAUCUGCUGCCGCUGCGCACUUACGUUACACCCAGAUUGCCACCGGUCCUUAACCUAUCAAGACGAAAAUCGCGCAGAUGUGGGGGUAGAUAUAGAGACAGAUCUGUGGCACUGCACGGAAUGCCUUGAUUUUCGGGUGCGUCGUGAGGCCUAUCCUGCCUUGGGGUUCGACGAGGAAGAUAAACAGGGAGAUCUUCUUCCUCAGGAUUACGUGGAGGCGACAGAUCACUUAAGCGCACAAUCCCGAGAUAUGCUGCUGUGGCUCCGCAUGGUAGUCGGGGAGUGGGGGCCCGGGAUGUCCUUCCCGCCGUUGUUAGACGUGACAGUGAGCCGGACGGCCCUCGGAAAGAUCAAGGCUGAUCCUGAUUUGCUAGGGAUAUGGGCAGCUCUUGCGCUGCUAGGGGGGCGGGUUUCAGACGCUCACAAAGAAAUCGACGCGUGUAAAAAGGCUACGGAAAUGACAGAGGCGGGACACCAGCUCUUGAUACUGGAUUCACUUUGCCAAGCUGCCUCUACGCAUUCAGGCAUAAUUAGGUCGUUUUUGGAAAGGCAAGAUCAAAAGCUGGCAGCGUUACGUAAGCGGCCACCUAAGGAAGAGGAAGAAUUACGAAAAGAGCUGCAAGACAUCGGAGGUGAUGCGGCGGUUUUGGCGUGGAAAGAUCCUAUGACAGAAGAGUACAUGGCGGAGGAAGCAGCAGCAGCUGCUGUUGAGGAGGGCGAAGAGGGAGACGACGAGGAUGGCGAGAACGGGGAAGACCAAGGUGAAGAGGAGACAGCCGUCUGUUGUGAAUGCAAGGCUACCACAAAGGACGUUGAUGAUUCUCAAGUUGUCCUCUGUGAAAGCUGCCCCACAGAGAUCCACCUUAGGUGCCUAAAUCCAAAUUUGACUGAGGCGCCAGAAAAAGAAUGGUUCUGUCGCGUAUGCAAGGCCAAAAAGAGGGAGAUUAAUAAGCAACGUCAGCGCCAACGAUUUGUGGUGAAGGCUGUUGACGUGGACGAUCUUCUUGAAGGCCAACGCUUGGCUAUCGAGAAUGCGCUGUUGGAAGAUUUCGUGGAGGAGAAAAUCCAGGAGCGCCUGACGUCAGAUGAGAAAAAGAAAAAAGAGAAAAAGACAGUGGGGUCAUCUGGAACGCAAGAAGCUGCUUUUGUGCUUCCAGGUGGCUCCGGCGUGUUCAAGCAAGGUGAGGAGCAGAGGAGAAGUGCUGGGGAUGCAGCCAAAGUAAAGGAGCAAGUGCAAGAGAAAGGGAGCUUCAUUUCCACAAGCUCAGCGACCCCUUCGAGCACUUCUGAAGGUUCAUUACGUAUUCGCAAAGCCAUGCGGCUCAAAUGUGAGUACUGCGGUUACGGGGAGAUGGAGGUGUGCAGUCCGUUGGUGCUCGGCCAAACGCUUGCGGAGACGGAACAGUACGUGGCAUUGGAGCCAGCGAAAGACCCAUGGAUCUCAGAGAACUUGCGAAAGCGAAACCCAAACAGAGAAUUAGAGGUGACAAAGAAAUCGAAAUCUUCUUCCGAGUCAUCAGAUGGAAAAGGAGUGGCGGACAUUGUGACAAGUGAGAGCGUCUCACGUGGAAAAAAUGAGCAGAGUUUUUUUGCGGAGAAAAUUGGCCAAAAACAGGGGCACGAUGGAGGUGACGGAGAAAGUAUGUCACAGUCAGGUCAACUUAAUGCAGCCAGGGCUGCCGAUUUGUCCACAAUAUCCGCCCCACCCGCGGUGGCUCCCUAUUUUCCGCGGAUAGACACUGCGGAAAGUCGUCGAUUUCCUUUCUCAGCGCAUUGCCCCAUCGUUCACGAACGUUGUGCGAUUCAAAUGCUGGCAUUCCGCGCGCGUGCUUUACACGAUCAGAAGCUCCAGGGACAAAGCAUUGCAGCAAGUGACGACCAAGUGGCGUGUCAGCAAGGCACUGAGGGACACGGAGUCGACAAAAAUAGAAAAAAUGCUGUACAACAAAUGAAUAAGAAGGACCCAAGGGCCGUUAUAGAAGCAGCGUUGAGAAUAAGUGGAACACGCACCUACUCCCUAGGUCAAGACCGCCACGGUCGUUGCUAUUGGAAGAUUCCUGGAGACGAAAUGCGCCUAUACGUGUGGGUUCGGCCAGAGGAAGGCGACGCGCAGGUGAAAGGGACGGAUCCACAGCUGCCUUUGCAGGGGGGGGCAGAAGGGAUGGCUUCUGUUGGGCCUGGAACUUGGCUCUGUUAUCAGGACAGCGAAGACAUUCGUCGUCUUGCUGAUUAUCUGGACACGCGUCACUCCAAAGAAGGGCGCCUUCGAGAAGCAAUUGAAGCUGAGUUGCUAGGUGAGCCCAAGGUUAGGGUUCCGAGGGAUGAUUCGAUGUUUGUGCGAAACCCCUCUGGAGACUCUGGAGGCCCAAAACUGGACGGUUUGGAAGAGGGGCUUGUCGAAGGCGCAGGAUUCGAUGACGAUGCCAAGACCGUAUCAACAGAUGGUGUAGAGGAAGGAGGUGGAGAGCAGGCAAUGGAGACGAAAAAAGUCUCGAGGCCGGUCGCUUUGAAAUUUUGGGAAGAGAAAAACCAAUCUCCGGUUCCUUCGGAGGUAUUGGACAUAGAAGUCGACCCUGAUAUUUGGGGUGAUUCGUUGGAGCGCAAAGCGGCCGUGCGAAAAACUCGCAAGUACCAUGCAGUUGUUCUGGUGGACGCGGAAGAUAAGGUCUGGGAGGGUCGAAAUCUUGGGGUGAGAUUCCAAAUUUUCAAGGGUGGGGAGGAGGUUGAGGAGUCUAGCACCCCGCGGGCGCACAAGGACCAUAUUUUUUGGUUCAACGUGUACGAAUUUCUUCUGCCUGGUUUAUACACUUUGCGCUACACGGUGGAUACGUUCAGCCGGGAAAUCAAGCCACUUUGUCUACGAGUUGAAGUGCGGGCACGGCGAGCGGCGACUUCCGUGCGAUCGGUUCUCAACAGCCACUUGAGCUUUUUGAAUAUUUCACGGGGCGGUCGUUACAGCUUACGGCAGUCGGUUGAACUAGACAUCCCAGAAGAUGCUGAUGAGGUAGUAGGUUUGCGCAUUGCCUUGCUUCAGCUCAAAGAAACCUUGCCAAAUGGAGCGCUUCUCGAGAGCCCUGAGGACUUGGGUGGCAGCAUUGCUCAUUUGGGCGGUGGAGGCAGUACUAAUAUCCAUGCGGGUGACGGAGAGGUAGGGCCUGUUCGAGCGCCUGUUUGCUAUUGGACGGAGGCGCUUCAAGCACAGUGGAUAAACCAUUUGAUGGAGGCAGAGACACCCCACGAGGUAAUGGAGGGGCUUCUGCUUCUGGAAUCAUGCUUGCAUCCGGAAUGGCUCAAGCCUUGGUUCCAUCCUCUCCGCCGAUCUUAUGCUGCAACCUCUUCCCAUUUGUUGCGCUUGGGUACUACUGCCGCGGCAGCCGCAUUUCAUCUCUUCAUUUUGGACAAAGCAAUCUUGUACGACAAAGAAAGAAAGGUGCCUCGUAAAAGUCGAGGCCAGUCAGCCAGAAGCAGAGGGUUCCAUUCCACUCAACGCUCUGUCUUGGAAGGAGAAAGUGAUGAAGAAGACGAUGAUGAAGAAGAGACCGAGAGCGAGGAGGAUUGUGACUCGGACGACAACGGCGGCCGUAAGCGUCUGAGGUCCCGCAAACACAAAAAACGGUUGGCCACAGGUUCCUCAUCUUCUCAUGUCCGUGGCGUCAAACACCCACAACGGUCAUCAUUUCGUAAACGGGCUGUUGUCUCGUACAAAGAAGCGGGAGACAACGACAUAUUCGACGAGGAGUCUGACGAAGGCUCGUCUAUUUCAACGAGAGAGUCAGGAGCCCAGAGCAAUGGAGGUAGCAGGACCAGGCCCAGAACAGGCGCCGUGUUGCCAAUUGCGUCUGAUGAUGAAUUUUCGAAAGAGUGUUUGGCCUUGUUGCGGCAGCUCAAAAGUCAUCCCUCGGCAGGACCUUUUAUAGAAGACGUCGGUGACAAUGUUCCAGGGUACAGUACCAUCGUACCUUUUCCAGUGAGUUUGACAACCUUAGAAGCGCGAGUCAGGCGUCAAGUGUAUGGUACUUCUUUGGAGAAAUUUUCGGAUGAUGUGGGGCGCUUGUGGGAAAACAGCGUCCUCUACAAUGGGGAAGAUCACGCGGUGACACGAAUGGCGCUGCAACUCAAGGUCCGUUUUGAGGCAUGGCACCGCGAUAUGAAGCCACGACUAAGGGCUUAAGACAGAGCAAGCGAAUUCGAGUCGCUGGUACAGUGAUACGUUCGAGAGAGAGAAUGAUUCCAAAUAGGCUGAGGCGGCUCUUUCGAUUGAGGGAGGAUGCGUGGAAGUGACGAGCAAUUGCUCCAGCAGAGAAUAGGCGAACAGCGGCGAGUGGCCGUGUGGUGGAGUAAUUGUCUUAAUAGAAAAGCGUGAACGCCAAAAGCAAUUGAACGUGUAGCGACAGAAAACCUCUUUGUGUACGUAGCUGGCGGCGUAGCUUUGUUUAUGCUUCUCCCUCGGCGAUUCUUUCAUAUCACGAAGACGUCAGGGGUACUUUUGAGGCUCAGGUGAAUUCUCAACAGGAACCUUGGCCAGCAUGAAGCUCAGAUCAGGGAGAUAUAUCUCCGAAAGCACGGCUGUAGCCUUUUCAGAAAGGGUUUCAUAGCCAAGCAUCAAAUUCUCUCGGGAUGUAUGUUUCGAGUGAAAGGGCUCCUCUCGAGUUUCGUUCUCACAUUCAACGCAGUCCCCUGCGAUUUCUUGCUCUUCCACGAUCCUUGUACCGCCACGAUAAUCAUCCAUAACUUGGUCUUGCAUAUUUUUUUCAAAAUCUCUCUGCUUCUCUCUGAAGAACUUAUCGCCCUCGUGUCUCAUUCUCUCUGUGACCGGUGCAUGCUUACGUGAUAAUGAACCUCCUGGCGCUAAAGUUCGUGGUUGAGCACUCGCAACAUCUACUAUUGGUAGAAUUUCCCCCGGCUCUUCUUUAUUCAUGCUUUCCACGUUUUCAUGAAGAUUAGCUUUUUCAGAUAGCCGCGUGAAAGGAAGACAAUGGAAAGAGCACCUGGCUUGCGAAUGCAGAAUCUUGCACAAGACAGCGUCGAACCAAAAGCACGUUCUCGCAUUCUUCCACUUCAUCUGAUUUAAUGCAAACAGUCCAUUAAUGUCCACUGCCUCGAGUUCAUGAAUCGCGCGAUGCGCCUGGUGUUUGUUGGCAGCCAUCGUCAAGGGCGUCAAAUCGCCAGAGGCAUGAAAGAAAGAUCGACACGAAGAUUUGUAGGACUUCGCACGCUUUUCUGAGCUCCGUUGUGAGGAUAGACAACUUUCAAAGGAAUUUCCCGAUAUGGCAGGCUUCGGGUCCUGCCUUAUAGACGUAUAGUCAUCUGAGAGAACGACUGGCCCAGCGAAAUCGCCGAAGUCAUCGUUUGGUUCCCCCUCUUCGAAGAAACUAUCGAACAAAGGGCGUCUUGAUGUGGAAAAAUUACGUCUUACUCCAAUUGACUCAUCACAAGGGCCCAAAGCUCUUUGUGGUUUUGAAUCGGUCAAUGAAUGGUACUGACGGGCAGCUUUUGCAUCAUGGUGACCAUGGGGUUGACAUUCAUCCUCUUCAGCCGCGACAAUUGGCUGGACGCUCCUGCCAAUUCUUUUCUUGUUUACAUUCGCUGUUACUUUUCGAGCCCUCGCAAUUUCCUUUUGAAGCUCUGCAUCCGUCUCGACAACGGUUGAAAUAUGCGCUAACCCCGGCUCCCCAAUUCGCAUUGGUAGGGGCUCAUACGUUUCAGCGCCGAUCCUUGCCUGCUCUCCUGAAGAUUGACGGCAUUGCAUAGCUUCCAAGCUAGCAUCAUUGACUUCAUUAUCAGUAACUUGCAAAGAAUCAAAUGCAGAUAGUGUAGACUGGGUCGUCCACGGUUCCUCAUGCGCAGAUCCGGGACUCUGAGGCUUGUUUCCUUCCUCCUCAACCAUUCCUGUUGACU